UGUACAGCCUGUGGUGACAGAGCAUGCAACUUCUUCUUGUCUCACCUAAGGGUGUUGUGGGAGUUUGAGGAAGUGAUCUGUGCUCAGUGCUUGUCACAGUCUGCUUCCCUUCUCUAAACUUUCUGCUCUUGUGCUGUAGAGUCUGCUGGUCAUGGCAGGGUGCUGAGAAAACUUUGGAUUGUCACACUCAUCACAGGAGAACCACAAAGGAGGAGAAACAAAACAGCACCGGCAUAAUGGGCAGUAAGUAUCACUGGCAGAGCCAGAAUGUCAAGCAGAGUGGUGUUGAUGACAUGGUGCUUCUCUCCAAGAUCACUGAAGAUGCCAUUGUGGAAAAUCUCAAAAAGAGAUACAUGGACGACUACAUCUUUACCUACAUAGGGCCUGUCUUGAUAUCAGUGAAUCCUUUCAAACAGAUGCCGUACUUCACUGACCGUGAGAUUGAGCUCUACCAGGGAGCUGCUCAGUAUGAGAACCCACCACACAUUUACGCUCUGACAGACAACAUGUACAGGAACAUGAUGAUCGACAGUGAAAAUCAAUGUGUCAUUAUCAGCGGAGAAAGUGGAGCAGGAAAAACAGUUGCUGCUAAGUACAUUAUGGGCUACAUCUCAAAAGUAUCAGGGGGAGGACAGAAAGUACAGCAUGUGAAGGAUAUUAUCCUGCAGUCGAACCCACUGCUGGAAGCGUUUGGCAAUGCGAAGACGGUCCGCAACAACAACUCAAGCCGUUUUGGCAAAUACUUUGAGAUCCAGUUUAGUCGAGGAGGAGAGCCAGACGGAGGGAAGAUCUCCAACUUCCUGCUGGAAAAAUCAAGAGUCGUGAGCCAGAAUGAAAAUGAAAGGAGCUUUCACAUCUUCUACCAGCUAAUAGACGGAUGCACGCCUCAGCAGAAGGAAGAAUUGGGAAUUAUGACCCCAGAUUACUACUACUACCUGAACCAGUCUGGAACAUACAAGGUGGAUGGAACUAAUGACAGCAAGGACUUCCAGGAAACCAUGGAAGCCAUGCAGGUGAUCGGCAUACCGGGGGUGGUUCAGAGGCAAGUGCUGCAGAUUGUAGCUGGCAUCUUGCAUCUGGGCGCCAUCAGUUUCAUUGAGGCGGGAAACUACGGCCAGGUGGAGAGCACAGACUUAUUGGCUUUCCCUGCCUACCUGCUGGGAAUCGACCAGAACCGUCUACAGGACAAACUCACCAGCAGGAAAAUGGAUUCCAAAUGGGGUGGUAAAUCUGAAUCCAUUGAUGUGACUCUGAACAGGGAACAAGCGUGCCACACGCGUGACGCUCUAUCCAAAGCCCUCUAUGCCCGUCUGUUUGACUACCUAGUUGAGGCAAUAAAUAAAGCCAUACAGAAACCCACUGAAGAGCUCAGUGUUGGUGUUCUGGAUAUUUAUGGAUUUGAGAUUUUCCAGAGGAAUGGUUUUGAACAGUUCUGUAUCAACUUUGUGAAUGAAAAGUUGCAGCAGAUCUUUAUUGAGCUGACACUGAAAGCAGAACAGGAAGAGUAUGUACAGGAGGGCAUCAAAUGGACACCCAUAGAAUACUUUAACAACAAAGUUGUGUGUGACUUAAUAGAAAACAAACUGAAUCCUCCUGGCAUCAUGAGCGUGCUGGAUGAUGUGUGUGCCACCAUGCACGCCACCAAAGAGGGUGUUGAUUUAACUCUGCUUCAGAAGCUACAGGCUGCAGUGGGGACGCACGAACACUUCAACAACUGGAACUCUGGUUUUGUCAUUCACCAUUACGCUGGCAAGGUGUCGUACGAUAUCAACGGUUUCUGCGAGAGAAACAGAGAUGUGCUUUUCCCUGAUCUCAUAGAACUGAUGCAAAGCAGUGAAUACGACUUCAUCCGAAGCCUCUUCCCAGAAAAUCUCAACACGGAAAAGAAAGGUAGACCAACCACUGCUGGCUCGAAGAUCAAAAGGCAAGCCAAUGAGUUGGUUAGCACACUGAUGAAGUGCACACCACACUAUAUCCGCUGCAUCAAACCCAACGAGACCAAGAGGCCCAAAGACUGGGAGGAGAGCAGAGCGAGACAUCAAGUGGAAUAUCUUGGCUUAAGAGAAAAUAUUCGGGUACGACGUGCCGGCUUUGCCUAUCGUAGAAUCUUCCAGAAAUUUUUACAGAGGUAUGCCAUCCUAACAGCGGAGACGUGGCCAUGUUGGCGUGGUGCGGAACAGCAGGGCGUUUUGCAUCUCUUGCGUUGUGUAAACAUGGACACGGAUCAGUACCAAAUGGGCCGCACCAAGGUCUUCAUCAAGAAUCCAGAGUCGCUAUUUUUGCUGGAGGAGAUGCGAGAGAGGAAAUUUGACACAUUUGCCAGAACCAUCCAAAAGGCAUGGAGGAAAUACAUCGCCAGGAGGAAAUAUGAACAGAUGCGGGAGGAAGCCUCUGAUAUACUGUAUAACUUUAAAGAACGACGUAGGAAUAGUAUAAACAGGAACUUUGUUGGCGAUUACCUGGGCAUGGAAGACAAGCCUGAACUCCGGCAGUUCAUGUCCAAGAGGGAGCGGAUUGACUUUGCAGACUCGGUCAACAAGUAUGACCGUAGGUUCAAGUCUAUAAAGAGAGAUCUAAUACUGACACCGAAAUCCAUCUACCUAAUUGGUCGGGAAAAGAUAAAGAAAGGACCAGAGAAGGGCCAGAUAAAGGAAGUUCUGAAAAGAAAGCUGGACAUUGGCAGUGUCCGUUCGAUCUCUUUGAGCACAAGGCAAGAUGACUUCUUCAUCCUUCAUGAAAAUGAGUAUGACAGUCUGCUGGAGUCCAUGUUUAAGACUGAGUUCCUCAGUCUGCUGUGCAAGCGCUAUGAGGAGCAAACCAAAAGCAAACUCUCACUGUCCUUCAGCGACAGGCUGGAGUUCCGUGUGAAAAAGGAGGGCUGGGGAGGAGGCAGCACCCGUGUGGUGGUAUUCCAGAGGGGACAGACUGAUGAAGCUCAGAUCAAACCUGCAGGAAAGACCCUUUCUGUCUCUAUAGGAGAUGGACUAGCAAAGACAUCCAAGCCAACCAGGAAGGGAAUACCACAGAGUCGUGGAGGAAGAAGCCAGCCACGGCACAGAGGGGGCCAUCAGAACGGGGCUGCACAGUUUCACCGGGGUGGCACUCAGCAGCAGCAGAGGGAAACGACUUACUCAAUGCCAGUCAAGCAGAACCCUCCACCGAGCAACGCUCUACCUAAACUGGGAUCGCAGAAGAAUCGAAGAGGGUCCAGGCCGGCCCAGAAUCAGUCCACGAACCUCGACUUCCUCAAUGUGCCUGAUCAGGGCAUGUCAGGAAUGCAGCGGAAAAGGAGCAUCAGCCAACGGCCUCCACCGGCCCCCUCUAGCCGUCCCAAACCUCAGCCCCGACCGCAGGGCCCUCGAUGUAGAGCACUUUAUCAGUAUUUUGGUCAGGAUGUGGAUGAAAUUAGCUUUGACGUCAAUGACAUCAUAGAACUAAUCAGUGAAGAUCCAUCAGGGUGGUGGCGAGGGCGGAUUCAUGGGAAGGAGGGUCUCUUUCCUGGGAACUAUGUGGAGAAGAUCUGACCUCUGCAUGUCAACGAGGUAGACCGCACUGAUGAACCAGCACCUGACUUUUGACCUUUAACCUCCUAGAUCAUGGAAUCUCUUAGGCUCUGGGAAUUUGCACUCAAGCCAGUGACAAGAUCUUUUAGGUUAUUUUUUUAAUGAUUAUUUUUGUAAAAAAAAUUUUUUUACUAAAUAGAAGAAUUUGUUGGUAGUUUUCAGGCUAAGAGAGAGCAUACAGUUUACAAAGACCUGCACUGCCCACAAAUGACCACUUGACUGUGCUGUUGUGCAGUUUGAAUUUUUUUUAAUGGAAGAACUGCAAUCACAAUCACAGAUUUUUUCCUUAAUUUUUUUCUAAUUUUCUGAAAACUGUAUAUGUAAAAAAAGAAAAGAAAAUAUUUUAUAUGCAUUGAAUGAUGUUUUAUCCUUUUUUGUCAUUUUAUUUUCUCUUCUGUGUAAAAUCUUCAAUCAAAAAAUAAAUAAAUUGAUGUCUGUGGUA